AAUUGGUUUGUCCACAAUCAAAUUGGGAAAUACGCCGGAAUAUUCUACUAAAAUAUAUAAAGCUGUUUAAUAAUUGAAAUACACUUAAUAAACUCAUAAGCCACAUACUUAGUCUUUUAUCAUGGAGGACCAAGCAUGUCCGCGUUGUAAAACGACGAAAUAUCGCAAUCCAUCGCUAAAAUUGAUGGUGAACGUUUGCGGCCAUACACUUUGUGAAUCCUGUGUAGAUUUGCUCUUUCUCAAAGGUUCUGGCUCCUGUCCGGAAUGUUUAGUGCCUUUGCGUCGUAAUAAUUUUCGCGUACAACUCUUCGAAGAUCCUAUGGUGGAGAAGGAAGUGGACAUACGGAAGCGUGUACUACGUGAUUACAAUAAAAAGGAAGAAGAUUUCGCAACACUAGAAGAGUUCAAUGAUUAUUUGGAAGAAAUCGAAACAAUCAUCUACAAUCUCUGUAACAAUAUUGAUAUUAUCGGCACAAAUAAACGCAUCGAAGCAUAUCGACGCGACAAUCGUGAAAUUAUACAACGCAACAAAACGCGUAUGGGACGUGAAGAAUAUGAAUUAGAGGAAAUGCUCGAAUUGGAACGUGCACAAGAAGAAGCACGCCGACAGGAAUUAGCCGAACUGGAGGCAGAACAAAAGAAGAAGAAGGCACGAGAGAAGGAGGCGCUAAUCGAUGAGCUAAUGUGCAGUGGUAAGGAUGCAUCCGAGAUUGUAAAUGAAUUUGCUGAAAAAGUUGAAAAAUUACGUGAAGAAGAAAAAAAACUGCCGCCACCUAAACCAGCUGAUCAAUUCUCUACGGGCAUAAAAUUUGGGCGUUCAGCAGACAAUAUGUUUCUGCCGCUACCGAAAACAGAGGAAGGACCACUCUAUGUACAUAAAAUACCUACACUCUACAUGGAAGGACCAGCAGCACCGCCUAGCAGUGAUAUUGAGACCAAAGGUUUUAUCACACAUAUACGACCAGAGAAUAGCGCUGAACGUGCUGGUGGCUAUAAAGCGCAUUUGGCUUGUCAGCGUGCAUUACAAGAGGCACUGAUGGGGUUGUAUCAUGGUGCGCCGGCAGUUAACUGACCUGAAGUUGCAACGGAGAAAAUAUAAAUGAAAAACCUUUUGUAAAGUAGUGUUUAAAAAAUUAAAAAAAAAAA